AUUCGAAAACGGACCAAAAUAUAAACAGUGUUGACAUUACGUUGUUUCGAAUAUCGCAGGAAUUCAAUUUUUACGAUUCAUAUAAAUGGCUGUGUGUUUCUGGAUUCAAACAUAAUGAAUCGAAGAUUGCCCUUAAUGUUAAAAGAGCUUUCAGAAUGCUACCGGAGCAAAGCAUUCGAACCACUUGCGGUCACAGAACAAACACUCGCUCGUGCUAAAAACCUCAAGGAGUUGAAUGCUUUUAUUCGAACUACCCCGACGAAGGCGCUGCAUCAGGCGGAGCAAUCGGUUCAACGGUACAAACAAGGCAAACCCGUUAGUAUCCUGGAUGGAGCUCCCAUUGCCGUGAAGGAUAAUUUCUGUACCAAAGACAUCCACACAACGUGCGCCUCAAGGAUGUUGCAAAACUUUGUGCCUCCAUACAAUGCCACCGUCUACGAUCGACUGGAACGAAGCGGUGCAAUUUUGAUCGGGAAGACUAACAUGGAUCAGUUUGGCAUGGGUUCUGGCACGGUGGAUUCUAUUUUUGGCGCAACAAAGAACUUCUGGAGCGAAAGUUUGCGUGGGACUGAUUUCAGAAUUGCUGGGGGGAGUUCCGGAGGCUCAGCCGUCGCGGUUGCUUCCGGUGUUUGUUUUGCGGCACUCGGAUCAGACACAGGAGGUUCCACUCGUAAUCCUGCUUCCUACUGCGGAGUAGUUGGAUUCAAACCAACGUAUGGGCUGUUAUCUCGACAUGGAUUGGUUCCGCUGGUGAAUUCGAUGGAUGUUCCAGGGAUUCUCACACGAACCGUGGACGACUGCGCUGCUGUUUUCAAUGCUAUCGCGGGACCCGAUCAACACGACUCGACCACCGUAAAAAAGCCGUUUGAUGCAAUUCUCGUCAGCGAAGUCGAUCGAAUAUCGCUGAAAGGAUUAAAGGUUGGAAUUCCCGUAGAAUACCACUGCGAUGGUAUCUCUGGGGAAGUUUUAUCCACAUGGUCCAAGGUAGCCGAUAUGCUGGAAGAUGCAGGUGCUACUGUGAAGGCCGUAUCGCUUCCUUACACAUCGGCUUCAAUCUCUGUGUAUUCGAUACUCAAUCAGUGUGAAGCCAGCAGCAAUAUGUCCCGAUAUGAUGGCAUUGAAUAUGGUCACCGAUCGGACGAGAACUCAAGCACAGAACAGUUGUAUGCGAGAACAAGAGCGGAGGGUUUUACCGCUGUUGUUAAAAAUAGAAUUUUAGCCGGAAACUUCUUCCUCUUGAGAAAGAAUUACGAUACGUACUUCCAAAAGGCAUUGAAAGUGAGACGUUUGAUUGCAAAUGACUUUGAUCGGGCCUUCCGAGAGGUGGAUAUUCUGCUGACACCGACGACUCUCAGCGAUGCUCCUCUGUAUGAAGAAUUCACAAAAAGUCAUAAUCGAGAUCAGUGCGCAGUUCAAGAUUUUUGCACCCAAUCUGCAAACAUGGGAGGAAUACCUGCGAUUUCUAUUCCGAUAAAACUGUCGGAGAAAAAGUUACCAAUUAGUUUGCAACUCAUGGGACCUAGCUUUUCCGAGAAAGCACUAUUCGAUGUCGCGAAAUGGAUCGAAGCUCAAGUGCAAUUUGUUGAAUGCUAUCUGGAUCGCUAGAAAUAAAACGCUAAGUAGUAAUGUCAAACAGUUUGGGAAAUACGUAAAUCAAUUUAUUUAAUAUAUCCCGCACAAGUGCGGGCGACAAAAUUAUUCACUACAAUCCAAAAAACACACGACACCGAAUUGGGGACGCCAGUCGGAAAACUCAACACCCGUUCGAACGGUGCGAAGUUGAAGUUCUUUCCGAAAACCACGACCGGUGUGUAGCGAUAGAAAAUAGAAAUAAUCACCAAACUCAGCGCCAGAAUGGCAUAUGCUCCAUACUGGAUGCCGUAUUCGUAAACCAUUCUCCUGGCCGACUCUCCACUUUUGGCUUCAUUUAGUUUCGUGUCGACCGCAACUAGUUUACGCUCCACCUUCACAUACUUGAUGUAAUCAUCUCGCAUAGAUAUUUUCGAAAGUUCCCUUUUGAUGUGUUCUGAUUCGGCUCGCAGUGCGCGGACUUCCAAACUCUCCCGGAAUACCAUCAAAAGGAUCUGAAACAAAGGUUUGUGAGUUAAAAAUGUUCCGAUUACUAUAACGAAACUAUAUACUAAUUUAGUUAUCUUUGAAACGAAGGGCAUCAGAAAGC